AUGUAUUCCCAGCGCCAGGCGCCGCCUCAGCUGAAGCGCUCCUAUUCGGGGGAUAGCCAAAGCAGUUAUGCUAGCCGUGCGACAACUGCUUCAAACUCCAGCGGAAAAUUGCUUUUUGGUGAGAUACCGUUAUCGCCUGCGACCACUGUAGAUGGACGAUCGGUGCGAUCUUACGGUUCAGUAUGCAACCUUGUGUUAUCCACCAGUUCGGUCUUUCUACGAUUCUGGCUGAACGACAAAUGUCGCGACAACAUGCUCGACCAAAUGGAAGCAGAGGAUCUAGCCAAUCUCCGCCUCGCCUGCCAUGAUAUGUCGACGCGCGCUGCGCCUUUCCUUUUCGAUUCAGUCACUACUACUUUCAAAGCAUCAACCUUCACGAAGCCUGCGCGCCUUGAAGCGCUUUCUAGGAUAGGACGCCACAUCAAGACGCUCACUUUCCAUAUGCCGCACACUCCUGAGACCUUCCUGCCGCCAGUCAUUGACCCGGAGACCGGAGCCGAACUUCAAUUCGUAUACGAGCCCCAGGUCCAGAACCCGCAGAACGGCCCCGCGAAAGACAAGACGCCAAAGUACGGGAGCUGGGAAAUGCAAGACCUUCUCGUUAAGCAGUACCCUCCUCUGUUCCAUGCAGCGACAAACGUUCCCUCCUUUGUUUCCGCCUUCUCUGAGCUCAUCAACCUCACACACCUGAAGAUCUCGUGCCCCGGCUCAAACAACCAAAUUCGACACCGCCGGACAGUAGUCGAUUACGCGCUCAUCUCCAUCCGUAUUGCCGUCGAGCGUGCGCCAUUGUACAGCCUGACUGCGCUGUCAAUGCAUCCCAUCCACGCUGGCGGCCUUCUCUACCUUCACCCCAUGCACGGCUUUGGAAGCACACCAUCAUCCGCCAAGCGCUGGACCCAAAUCCGAAGGCUGUCUAUCUGUAUGGAGUCUAUCCCACUGGUAACAUCAUCCGACAAGAUUCGCGCGCAAUCGAUUGAACAUUUGCGCAUUCUUCAUGCCUACCUGCGAACUUUGUCACGUGGUGUCACGAGACUACAUUUCCGAUGGAAGGGCGAGCGCGGCCCAUCUCCACUUUCUCUAGACAAGGAGCCCUGCAUGCAACCCGUCGAGGACGAGAUGACACACCCCACUAUGCGCAGCGAAGUCAAGGGCCCCAAGCCUCUCCGGUUCACCCGCCUGCGCUGCAUGGAGCUCGAAAACGCCGUCAUGGACUCGACCCAGAUCUCCAACUUCAUCGAAACCCACCGCCGCACCCUCAUCGACUUCAACUUCGAAGACGUCAAGCUCCGCGAGGGCAGCUGGGACGACGCGCUGCAGCCCCUGACCAUCAUUACCGGCAGUGACCGCUGGAAGAAGACCCAGGAGGAAGUCAUGGACGUCCCUAUCAUGCUGUCCCCUAUCGAGGCCGAACCGCGCAUUAUGGGCCCGCUCCUGGAAGAGGUCGACGCCGCAAUCGAGGACGCCAGCAAAGACCGAAACGGUCACACGCUCUCGCGCUGGCUCAGCAAGCCCAACCAGAAGCUGAAGAAGAGCCCCGCCAUCGGCACGCCCAAUCACAGCAAGAAGGACAGUUUCUUCGAUGCGGAUCAUAUGAAGCGGUUUCUGCGCAUCUCGAGCUGGAAAUAG